UAUUGUCAGCGCAUUGUUGCUGCUGGAGCCCACGUUGUUUUAUUUAUUUAAUUAUUGAUUUGAGCUGUAAUUUAUUACAUUUAAUUGUAAUACAUUUUAUCCUACACGAUGGCCAAAAAAGGUAAAAUGAAGAUCAGCAAAGUGAAGAGGAACAAUCAUACGACGAACAAGAUGAGGAAGCAAGGGACGCUGAGGCUCCAAAGGCACAGAGCGAAGGUUCAGAAGCAGAAGCAACCUCAGCAGAGUCAGGAGGUGGAGUACAGCAGUGAGAGUGAUUCCGCGUCCGGUGAGGAGUGGGCUGACAUGUUGGACGCUGACGAACAGCAGUACAUCAUGCAGCGGCUGGCCACGCAGCCGUCACUGCUGUCUAACGUGCCUGAGAAGGAGCAAGUGCAGAGGUCCAAGAAACGCAAAAGAGAAGACAAGGGCAAGGUGCCCAAACGUCAGCAACAGAACAGCGACAGUGGGGCUGAGACUGACGAUGACUCGGACAGUGAAUUGGAAGACAAGUACGAAAAAGAGAUGUCCGAGAACCCGGCCAAGAGAAUGAGGCCGCUGCUGCCCAUUAAGACUAAGCAUGGGCUGUUGGAAAGGGCUGUAGAAGUUGAAGAUACGGAAUCAGAACAGGAGGAGUCCUAUCAAGAAGAGGAACCUUCUAAAGAGGAAGAGCAACCUCAGGAGUCCGAGUCAGACUCGGGAAUGGAGGGCACAGUAGAAGAUAACGAAGCUGGUGACGGUGAGACGAUCAGCGCGGUGCAGCUGCUAGCGGCAAGGAGAGACAAGCUGCAGCAUGAUAAACUGAGGAUAGGAGCUUUGUGCUCAUCUUUGUUGGAGAGCCCGGAGAAAAAACUAAAGAACUUCUUCCCAAUCCUGUACUUAAUGGAAGAGCGACUAAAGGACAACACACUAAACUUGCAUUCAGUCCGUAAACUGGCCACUCUCUCAGCUUAUGAAGUGUUCAAGGACAUCUUACCAGACUAUAUGAUACGGCAUCAAGAUUACUCUAAUAUCAAAUUGAAAAAGGACACAUUGGCGUUAUACAAAUAUGAAAAAGAGUUAGUAGAAUUCUACAAAAGAUAUCUGCAAAGGCUAGAGAAGGCAGCCAUGGUGCUACGGCGUAAGAAAGGAGACACAAAAAAGCCAGACGAGCCCACAAUAAGCUUAGCCCUAGUCUCGCUCCGCUGCAUGUGCGGGAUGCUAGAAGCCCGUCCACAGUUCAACUACGCAGCGAACAUCGCGCAGAGCGUGGUGCCUUACCUGGACUGCAGGGAGGACCAGGCAAGGGAGAUUGUGACGGAAUGCUGUAGGACUGUGUUUGGGGAAGACCAGAAGGGAGAAAUCACGUUGGCAAUCGUCCGCCUCAUCAACCAGCUAGUGAAGCGCCGCGGCGAGCGCUUACACCCGGCCGCUUUAGACUGCCUCCUAAGUCUGCGCAUACGAGACGUGGACAUGGACGCGGCCGCCGACCUUCAACACAAGAAGAAACAGGACAGCAAGCAUAAGAAGAGGAUCGUUAACUUGUCCAAGAAGGAGAAAAAGCGAGCAAAGAAGCUCAAGGAGGUGGAGCGCGAGCUACUGGAGACGGAAGCUCAGGAGAGUGAGCUAGCUCGGCGCAAGCAGCUCACCGAGGUCACCAAGACAGUGUUCCACGUCUACUUCCGCCUGCUCAAGACGGCGCCGCGCUCGAGACUGUUGGCCGCCGCGCUCAGUGGACUCACCAAGUUCACCCACGUAAUCAACAUGGAGUACUACUCAGACCUGGUCGCCAUAUUGUCCCGGCUGGUGGAAGACGAGCUCAUCGGUCCCCGCGAGCGUCUGCUAUGCGUGCGCACAGUACUUGGAGUAUUAGCUGGGGCAGGAGACGCGUUAACAGUGGACCCGGCCAAGUUCCACAAGCAUCUGUAUGCUAGCGCUAUUGGGGUGCAUGCGGGAGCCUCCCAAUCCGACGCGCGGAUAGUGCUAGAAGCGGUGUGGCAGAUAUGCUCGCGCGCGCGCCGCGUGUCGCCCGCGGUAUUACAAGCAUUCGCCAAGCGCCUGACCACGCUCGCGGCUCAGACCCAGCACCACGCAGCUUUGGCGGCGCUGGCGUUGCUGCAGCAGUUGGCACAGCGAGUGUCCGCCGUGUUACAAGCUUUCGCCAAGCGGCUGACCACGCUCGCGGCUCAGACCCAGCACCACGCAGCUUUGGCGGCGCUGGCGUUGCUGCAGCAGUUGGCUCAGCGAGUGUCCGCCGUGUUACAAGCAUUCGCCAAGCGCCUGACCACCCUCGCGGCUCAGACCCAGCACCACGCAGCUUUGGCGGCGCUGGCGUUGCUGCAGCAGUUGGCACAGCGAGUGUCCGCCGUGUUACAAGCAUUCGCCAAGCGCCUGGUCACGCUCGCGGCUCAGACCCAGCACCACGCGGCUUUGGCGGCGCUGGCGUUGCUGCAGCAGUUGGCACAGCGAGUGUCCGCCGUGUUACAAGCAUUCGCCAAGCGCCUGACCACGCUCGCGGCUCAGACCCAGCACCACGCGGCUUUGGCGGCGCUGGCGUUGCUGCAGCAGUUGGCACAGCAAAGCAAAGCAGUAUCGAAUCUCCUGGAACCGGAUUCAGAAGCAGGGUCCGGCCGCUUCGAGCCGCUGCUGCCAUCGCCGGAGCAUUGCAACGCGCACGCGGCCGCGCUUCAUGAACUCUGUGCUAUGCGGACGCACUACCAUCCAGUGGUUAGGCAGCAAGCCGCGGCCUUGAUGCAAGCUGGAUCAGUGGCUGAAUUGAACAAAUUAAUUGAUGCAGAGUGUAUGAUGAUGUCGCACGCGGCCGCGCUGCACGAACUCUGUGCUAUGCGGACGCACUACCAUCCGGUGGUCAGGCAGCAAGCAGCGGCCUUGAUGCAGGCUGGGAAUGUUGCUGAGUUGAAUAAACUAUCUCCGUUGCAAAUAUUCGACGCGUACAACGGCUCGCAGAUGGCGUUCAAACCCGCGAUUCCUCCCCCGAAGAAGAGCGACAAACCGAAAAGCAAAUCCGUUAACCAUGGACACACGUGGGUGCAGAACGACUUCAAAACUUUGUGCGAAAACGUCGAAAACAGCGUCGAUUUGGUCAUCAAGAACAGUAAUAGGUGAUCGAGGUGAAUAAAUAGGCUGUGUAAAUA